CUUUGUUUUUGCUCCAUCAUGUCGGCCUCGUUGGUGCUGGAGCCAGAAGCAGUGUCGCUGCAGCCACAGCCAGACACGCGUCCAUUCAGUCCUGCUGGCCCUGCUGGUCCUGCUGGCAGUUUUGGUGCAUCUGCGAGUGCUGCUGCGGGCGCUGCUGCGUCGACGUCGACGGGCGGUGGAGCUGCUGCUGGCGGCGACGAGGCGUUUCGCUUCCAGGGCGUUGAAGUCGAGCGCGACUACUCGCAUGGCAUGGCGUGCCAGUUCCAGUCACAAUUCCCAGUGGAGCUGACUGGAUUGAUAAGUCAGGAAGCCUUCACAAAGACAAUUGAUCACAUCAACAAGCUGUUUGAGCACUCCGAGGACGUCGACGCCAAGUCCGCACUAUUUUCAUUCGUUUCCUGCCUGUGCGGGUUUUUGUGUUUUCCAAUGCUAGAGUCGCGCUAUGAUCGAACGCUGAAGGCGCUCGACAAGUACAUCCAAGACCAAAACCAGCAAGUAUAUCACCCAUUAGGGCUCCACAUCAUUCCUCCGAUUCGGAGCGGCCUUCGUGUGCUUCAAAUUCGGCCGUUCUUCCAACAGAGCAUAUCACGCUAAAUGCGUGAUGGUGCAAAGCUGUGAAUUGUACAUGUUGUCAUUGUUUGUUUGUUUGUUUAGUUUGUUGUGCUGUUGUUUGUUUUGUUUCGGCUUCGAGUCCCUCGUUAUGAAAGUUGCACGUUUCAAGUUUUGCCGCUCUUGUACUGUCGUUGUUGGGGAUUCGCGUGUAUUUCGAUAACUUUGGCACACUCACAGCACAAACACCUUUCGUAACUCGCUGACAGAGUAGG